UUGACUCCAUGCAAACAUCAAACUAAGAAUGGCAAAAAUGAGUCUCUCUUCCUACCUAUUAAUACUAACUUUUUCUCUGUUUUCUCAAGGCAUUUUACUUUCAGCAUCCAAGUCCAUAAGAAAUUUAGAAGAUGACAUGGUAUUUAAUACAUUCAAGCUGGGGAAAGCCUUUCAGAAGGAAGAUACUCCACAAAAAGCAGUUGCUGCUCCUUCUCUGGAACAAUAUAAAAAUGAUGAGAGCAGUUUCAUGAAUGAUGAGGAAAACAAAAAUUCAAAGAACACAGACUCCAAACAUAAUUUCUUAAAUCAUGGUCUGCCACUGAAUCUGGCUAUAAAACCUUAUCUUGCACUAAAAGGAUCUGUAGCUUUUCCAGCUGAAAAUGGAGUUCAGAAUAUUGAAUCAACACAAGAAAAGAGAGAAAUUGGGGAUGAAGAAAACUCAGCUAAAUUUCCUAUAGGAAGGAGAGAUUUUGACAUGCUCAGAUGCAUGCUGGGAAGAGUCUACCGACCUUGCUGGCAAGUCUGAAACCUGUUGGACAACAUCAUCUUUU